AUGUAUAUUUUCGAUGGACAACUAACUUGGAAUGGUUUUCUGGAAAUUAUUGAUAGUAUGAAUUUAACAAAGUCGAUGAUUCAAAUGAAUUUUGGAUAUAAUAUGAGUAUUGAUUCUUCAUGGAAAUGCACAACAAAUUAUUCAAGUAGUACUGGUAAAGAGGAAAUGUGGUAUACAUUGUACAAUGGCUGCUUGAGCGAAAUGAUGUAUCCAGAUGCAUUCUAUUCAGCGUUAAAAUUGUCUAUAACUAAACGACCAAGUCAGAACUUAGCUUAUGAACAACAGUAUUUACCUUAUUAUGGUAGCAGUUACCGAAAACAAGUAUUUUAUGAAUGUCCAAAGAAUUGGUUGGAUGUAAAUAAUUAUUGUUAUCGAAUAUCAGAUAUACGAAGAACAUUAGAAGAAGCCGAAAGCAGUUGUAUUUCUGUAUCAGAAUCGAAUCUGCAGGAAGAAUCUGACGAAGCUAUGUAUUAUAAUGCCAAUGGUGAUUUCUAUCAUUCUUAUGCUUGGAAACAAGCAUAUCUUGGAAACGUUGACUAUCUCAGCAAAUUUGAUAGAGGUGAAAUUGUUCGAUACUCUUCACAAUGGCAAGGUCGUCUCGGAUUUUUCUUACUUCAUACAAAUAUAACAAAUGGUAAAGAUGCACAACCACUGGAAUUCGAUGACACCGUUGUACAUUCACCGAUCAGCGAUUUUCAAAUGAUGAAUGUGGAUAAUAAUAAAUCUUGUAUAAUUUUUACACGCCCAGUUAUCGACAAUAUUGAAACGAUUUCUCUCACGGAAACAUCACUCGGGAAUUGUUCUACUCCCAGAUAUGCCUUAUGUAUGAGGAAAAGAUUUCUCGGCUACAGGUCUCUAAUCGGUUGUUUUCAAAAACCAUUGACACUUGGUUUACCAGCCAUCAUAUCAAGUCAUUUAACAUUUAAAUUAUGUUCAUCUACAUGUCAACAUUUCGGAUCGAAGGUAGCUAUUCUUCAAAAACACAGAUGUUACUGUUUAAAUGCUGGUGUCAUAUGGCUAUACGAAACUCCAAGAAACUAUUCGAGGUAUAAAAAAGAACACUGUGGACUUCCAUGUCCAGGUAAUAAAUAUGAACAAUGUGGCGAUGAAAAUACAAUUGUUGUUUACAAUUUCACUCAGAAUAAAGCAUCAUAUGAAUCGAUUUCAAGAAGCGAACCACAUCCUGAUUUCACUUAUGACGGUUGUGUCUAUUUACAUCCAAUAAAUUUAUUAACUACAUAUCAAUUCAAUAUGAAAUCUAUCACUGAUAUCCAUCCACGUCAUUGUUUGGAAUUGUGCAAUCAUUACCAUCAAGCCUACGCUCUUCUUAACGGAAAUAAAUGUUUAUGCACAAAUCAUUUACCACAAAGAAGAAAAACGUCUGACACAUUUAUAUCACAAGAUUUUUCUUGUAACAGAGAAUGUUCAGCGAAUUAUUUUUAUACUUGCGGUGCUGUGAACAACGCAUCUAUCUAUUCUGUGUAUCACAUGAGAUUACACUGUCCACAGGGCUUUACGCUACACGAAGGCAAAAAACGAUGUAUAUAUAGUGACACUUUUCAAAAGACUUUUGACUUUCCCGAUGCUCAAUCUCAUUGUAAAUCUAUGGGUGCAAGACUUGCCAAAGUGGGCGAUGUUGUCGAGAUUCAAGAUGCAUUAGAUACUAAGUUCUUCGAUUCCUCAGAUCGUACGGAUUCUGCCAGUUUACUAGAGACGAAAAAAUUUUUCUGGAUUGAUCGAGUAUCAAAUUACACAACUACGAAUCGUGCUAUUCGAAGAUGUACUCACAGAUCGAGCUCUGCUGAUCCAUAUUGUGUUGUUCUUCGUUUUGAACAAGUUCGGAUUAAUGACCAAAUUGGUUAUGAACAUUGUUUAACUGAAUCAGAUGAAUGUCCAUCGCAAUCGGCGACACCGGUUUGUGUCAUGAAACAUCUAGAACGUACCGUUCGCCGCAUGAAAUAUGGUUCCCCAUCGACUAUAUCGAUCGAUACAUUAAUUGAUUACACAUGCGGGAAUGAUAAUGAGUAUCAUUUAAUAGAAGACUAUUGUUAUAGAGUCGAUUCUCAUGAAACAAUUUGGAAUAAAGCAAAAAACAAAUGUGAACGCGAGAAUGCGUCACUUUUUGUCCCUGAAACAAGUAGAACGAUGACAAUAAUGAAAGAACUUUUAUUAUACCAUCGUAUUUAUCCUUGGUCUGGCAUAGUACAUAUUGGUCUUGUUUAUUAUGGUAGCAGUUACCGNUUUAUGCAAAGAUAA